AUGCCCCCGCGCAAAAUACCCCAUGUCCUAUGUCUGGACAGGGGCAAGAUGCACUACAUUGAUCCAUCAAACGCCUGCAGUUUGAUGGCGAUGUGGUCUAUGUUCUCCAAAUGCUCAGAUACGUUGGACGAGGGCCCUCGAUUAGAAAACUUGAGCUGGCGGAUAUGGUCGCGAGAGUCAUUAUGCGUGACACCCAUCGAUUCGUCUCCUCCGAGGGCGAGCCAAGUGCCCUCCCUUUCAAAUUCCUGGUCGUCAGAUGACAGUCUCAGUGAAGGACGAUGCAGUCCUGCCCACGGCCGGACCAGGUCUCGAUCACCUCCACAGGACGACUGCGCAAGUUCUCUCUCCAAGUCUCGACAUUUGAGUCCCAUCACGUUAGAAAAGAUUGUCGCUUCGAUCCAGGAAAAGACCGAUCUAUGUCCUCUAUCUCCCUCACUUGAGGCCAGCCGCCCAUUUACCAAAGGGCCCAUCCUGGAGAAGCAGCCUUCAGACAAACAAGAAAACGAGGCCGAAGCACGGCCUCCAACCGUCCUGAAAACCCUCCAGGAUUCCACCGACUCAUGUCUUUCCGCCACCACGACCGCAACGUUAAGUACAGCUCGUCAAAGUGAGCAUCGUGAUUCCGACACUUCAGUGUCCUCAGACGGACUGAUCCCAAGUGGUUCCAUUGUCCAUGGAUUUUCCCCGGUGGCGUCCUCGUGCCGGUCACGAACUACAAGUUCGAGUGUCAAGCCGCCGACCGGCCCGUCCAAAUUCAUCCCUCCCCCUAAAGGUGCCCUGAAAUCAACCGCCAUGUUUACCCUGGGAGGCUCUUCCGAGGAUGAUGAAUCUUCGUUUGAACAGCGAGUGCUGUCUGUCAGAGCCCCUCCGCAAAGAAGCUCACUCUCCCAAAGUUUGAGCAAGCAGAACUUGUCAGAGCGCAAGAGUGACUUGCCGCCUAAAAGGACGUCUUUCCGAGACGUCGUUGCCGAGCGGAGAAUACAGGAGGAUGCCGAAAACGAUGAGGGAGCCAUCGCAAGCAGUGACGAGGAGGAUGACACGGACGAAGUUAUCGAAUCUGCGAUUGACGAGGACGAGGAAGAUGGCGAUGACUGGGAAGAUUCAACCUCGGACGAUGGAAAAGUGGUUCAAGAGCCUCAUCUUUUCCGCCGCGUUGACAGCCGCAGUGUCUUGCCAUCUCGCCGCUCCAUGUUGACCUUGGCCCUGAAUAAGGGCCGAACAGGUCUCGCGCACGCAUAUUCCCAACCCGCACUGCAUCGAUCUCGGCAAGCGUCCCCGCCACAAGGACCCUCGUUCGCAAACUCGCCAGAGGAAGAGGACGGCAUGAUGAUGCAGACGUCGAACCGGCCACCCAUCGCCAUUCCGCCACCUAAAUCAGCCUCUAAACCUGUGGCUCAUUCGCCAAGGACGACAAGACGUAAUAUGCUGUCGACCGAAUUGACCGAAUCUCUGAGGAAGAACCUCCUCUGGGAGAGACAACAGAAAUCACAAACUGUCAAUGCUUUCCUCAAGCGGAGUAGAAACGCCCAGUCAAUGGCGAAUCUCACCUCUGCUGCUGCUCAAGCAGGAGGUCAACCGCACCCUCUCGCCCCUGUUGUUGUGGACCACUCCAAGGACGACGCCUGGACCUUUGAUAACACUUGGGAGUACCACACCAAAGGCUGGUAG